AUUAGGAUCAGCUAGGAGAUAAGUAUACACACAUAUGGAGCAGCUUCCUCUUCUUCCCUGUGGCUCCAAGACCAGCACCUCCUCCACACCUUUGUACCUCACCUUAGAGAACAGAACCUCCACAUCCAACCCACCGCCGUUGCUGCCGCCGGCGCCUGAACCUUCCAGACACUCCGACCAUGAUACGGGCUCAGAUACAGUGAAAGCAAAGAUCAUGUCGCACCCCCUCUAUUCUGCUCUUCUGAGAUCCUUCAUAGAGUGCCAAAAGGUCGGGGCGCCGCUAGAGGUGGUCGGCCGGCUAUGCGCCCUCGCUGAUGAGAUUGAGUCGGAUUCUGUUGGCCGGCGCCUAGACGACCCGCCGGACCCAGAACUUGACGAGUUUAUGGCGACCUACUGUGAUGUGCUCGUGAGGUACAGGCAGGAGCUUAGAAGACCAAUUCAAGAGGCCGACCAGUUCUUCAGGGCCAUGGAGGUGCAGAUGGGCUCGUUUACACUACUAGAUGACAACAGUUUCGAGGGGGGUGGUUCCUCCGAAGAUGAGCAAGAAGCCGUCGACGUGGGCGGCCUGCCAGAUCUCACGAAUCACUGCACCGACGACAAGGAGCUCAAGAGCCACCUCUUGAACAAGUACAGCGGCUACCUGAGCAGCCUCUGGAGGGACCUCUCCAAGAAGAAGAAGAAGGGCAAGCUGCCGAGGGACGCGCGCCAGAAGCUCCUGCACUGGUGGCAGCUCCACUACAGAUGGCCUUACCCGUCGGAACUGGAGAAGGCGGCGCUGGCAGAGUCCACGGGGCUGGACGGGAAGCAGAUCAACAACUGGUUCAUCAAUCAGCGGAAGCGGCACUGGAAGCCCACGCCGCCGGCCAUGGAGUACAGGACGUCGCAACCCACCUACGGCGCUUCGAGCAGCUCUUCUGCCGCUUUUAGGACGGAAGGCCACUACUUCGCCGGCGGAAGCGCGUAUCCCCGUGGACCGUGAUGGCAAGCCGGCGAUCGAUCGACGGGUACUGCACGAACGGUGCAGGCCGUCGUAGGUACGUCUGUGCACAUAUACAUAUAUCAGGCUCUAUAUAUAUAUAUAUCAGAUACAAGGUGUGGGUUUGGGUUACUGGGUGUCAAGUACUGGCAUCUAUACAAAGCUAAAGACAUGCGUGAUGUGUGACAUUGACUGCUGGCAAUCUCAAACUAGAACGGUCGGAGGAAUGGAAGAGAGGAUCCUGUUUGGUGGAGAAAGACAGUUUCCUGUAGUGUGCUUAUUGUAGAGAUUUACCAUAGAAUAUACAGAUUUCCUGAUAUAAGGUGUGUAUUGUGUAACCUUGAUUCUUUCACGACUCAAAUUACAUGCUCAAUUGCCAUACAUGCAUGCAUUUAAUUUUGUAAUGUUACAAAUAUGGAGUUGCUUAUAUAUAUAGUCCGACAUUUUGUGAUCA